AUGGUCCUCCACUCUCUCUUCGGGUUCCUGUUCUUGGCCAGUGCAGGUGGAGAGGACCUCUCGGCAGCUUUGGCUGAUGAUGCCUGCGUUGCCGGGCAGGCUUGCAGCCUGGAGUUUCGCCAGCUGCGUGGCAUGAAGGUCAGCCACAUGGAGGCCAUGGAGGCGCUGGACGAUCGCGAGGAGCAAGAGGUUAACGCGACUGCAGCACAAGGCGCAGUUCGCUCCUCUUGGCAACACGCAGGGUGCUGCAACGGCUGCCACACCGCCUUUUGUUCGCCUGAGAGUGGUAGUUGCUACGACUACAAGGGCAAGUAUUAUUACUUGGAAUGUGCGAAUUCAGCUCCAACUCAAGGAUCUCAAGGCCAUUCGGACUGCUGUGGUUCCUGCUCCUCGUAUUGCUCUCCUCAGAGUGGACGAUGCUAUGAUUUCAAGGGCAAAGACUACUACUUGGAGUGCAUGGCGCCAUCUGGACCAAGUGGAAAUUUCGGAACCAACGUUGGGGACUGGGAGCGUUUGGCAGGUAAAGCAUGCAUGGAGUCCUCCCAGUCGAAGCUAAUAUAUGGUCUUCCUUCACGCACCGCGUGUAAAGAAAAGUGCAUGGGUAGCGAAUACCCUUGGUGUCGCACCUUUCAGUUCAGUUCCAGCAGCGCAUGCAGCUCCCUUAGCAUGUGCACAUUGCUGAAUGGGUGCUCGAAUGUUGAAGCUGAUUCCUGCUGGGACUACUACUUCAUCGAUUGA